AUGGCUAAGGCCUAUGAUCGUGUGCAAUGGUCUUCCUCAUCAAGGUCCUUAGACAAAUGGGAUUCCCGAAGGCCAUGGAUUAUGCUUAUUGAGAGGUGCAUUGGCACUUGUUGGUUCUCGGUUCUUAUUAAUGGACCUCCGGCAGGCUUCUUCAAAUCCACCCGUGGACUCAGACAAAGAGAUCCCAUCUCCCCGGCCCUGUUUGUGAUUGCUGUAGAUUAUCUCUCGAGAGCCCUGGACAAACUAAUCCUCGGGAACAAAGAGAUGACUUACAAAGCCACACGAGGAAGUAUGGAGAUCAGCCACCUCGCCUAUGCCGACGACAUCAUCAUAUUCACGCAAACGGCCCCAACCUCUCUUCGAAGACUCAGAACGUGCCUGGACCAUUAUGCAGAGGUGUCAGGCCAACAAAUCAAUUUGGCCAAAAGCAAUUUUUAUAUUGCUGAUGUGCACGAAGGAUGGGCAAAUUCAAUCCAAAACGAGGGUGGCUUCUCACGAGGUACAUUUCCAUUCUUAUACUUAGGAGUUCCAAUUUACCGAGGGGUGAAGCGCACAGAUAUGUUCAUAUUCCUCCGGGAAAAGAUUGCGGCUAGAAUUUCAGGCUAUCAAACCGACGUGCGGCGCCCUCAAGCAAUUGGACCAACAAAUGGCCCGUUUCUUCUGGGGCUCGACAAGCGAGAAGAAAAUAACACACACGGCGGCCGAAGGGGGCCUAGGUAUCCGUAA